GCGCUGCGCGCGCCGCAGAACCUCUUCCUGGUGUCGCUGGCCUCGGCCGACAUCCUGGUGGCCACCCUGGUCAUGCCCUUCUCGCUGGCCAACGAGCUCAUGGCCUCCUGGCGCUUCGGGCAGCUGUGGUGCGGCGUGUACCUGGCGCUCGACGUGCUCUUCUGCACCUCGUCCAUCGUGCACCUGUGCGCCAUCAGCCUGGACCGCUACUGGUCGGUGACGCGGGCCGUGGAGUACAGCCGCCAGCGCACGCCGCGCCGCGUCAAGGCCGCCAUCGUGGCCGUGUGGCUCAUCUCGGCAGUCAUCUCCUUCCCGCCGCUGGUCUCGCUCUACCGCCGGCCCGACGGC